CCCUACUCUCUUCUGGUUCUCGCAGUUAUGUCACUCACCAGACCUUAACCUUUUGUUGUAAAAGUUGUCAACGGUAGCCUCGGCAGUUAGACGUCCAUUGCAAUGGAGUUAUUUGAAACGUUGACGCUGGAUUCCUAUCGCAUUCAUCACUUGGUUGCAAUAUUUAGCUUGGUCUAUGUUAUUCUUAAAAUCGCAAAACUUAUUGUCAAAAGGAAUGAAUGGAUUCGGGCGCUCGAGAAAUUCCCAGGACCACCAAAACACUGGCUUUUCGGGCAUGUCCAAGAGUUUAAACAAGAUGGGACCGAUAUGGAUAAGGUUGUCCAAUGGGGAGAAUCGUACCCCCUUGCAUUUCCAAUGUGGUUUGGUCCAUUUGUUUCCUUCCUCAAUAUUCACCACCCAGAUUAUGUCAAAACCAUCCUGGCAUCAACAGAGCCCAAAGAUGACCUUUCAUAUAGAUUUCUUAUUCCAUGGAUAGGGGAUGGUUUACUGGUGUCUAAAGGUCAGAAAUGGUUCCGCCACAGAAGACUCCUGACACCUGGCUUCCAUUACGAUGUUUUAAAGCCCUAUGUCAAACUGAUGGCUGAUUCUGCCAAAACUAUGCUGGACAAAUGGGAGACUCACUCAAAAUCCGACGAGUCAUUUGAGUUAUUUGAGCAUGUGAGCCUCAUGACACUGGACAGCAUUAUGAAGUGUGCCUUCAGCUCCAACACUAACUGCCAGACAGUGCGAGGGGGAGAGAGUGGAACCAACUCGUACAUCAAGGCUGUGUACGAGCUCAGUGAUCUGGUGAAUGUCCGCUUCCGGACCUUUCCCUACCACAGCGAGUGGAUUUUCCAACUUAGCCCACAUGGGUACAAAUACAGGAAAGCAUGCAAUGUUGCACACAGUCAUACAGAGGAAAUCAUACGAAAGCGAAAAGAAGCCUUGAAGGACGAAAAGGAACUGGGCAGGAUACAGGCUAAGAGAAACCUGGACUUUCUGGAUAUACUGCUCUGCGCGCGAGACGAGGACCAGCAGGGGCUGUCGGAUGAGGCUAUCCGAGCGGAGGUGGACACCUUCAUGUUCGAGGGCCACGACACUACUGCCAGUGGGAUCUCCUGGACCCUGUACAGCCUGGCCUGCAACCCGGAGCACCAGCAGAUCUGCAGGGACGAGGUCAUCAGCGCCCUGGAGGGGAGGAACACCAUGGAAUGGGAAGAUCUCAGUCAAAUACCGUACACAACCAUGUGUAUAAAGGAAUCCCUCCGCCUCUACCCUCCCGUACCCGGGAUGUCCAGGAAGAUAACCAAACCCAUGACGUUCUUCGAUGGGAGGACUGUGCCUGAAGGUAAAGGUUGUCUUGUUGGAACCAGCAUUUUUGGCAUUCAUAGGAACGCAACCGUUUGGGAGAACCCUAACGCAUUCGACCCACUCCGAUUUCUGCCUGAGAACUCUGCAAAAAGAUCACCCCAUGCCUUUGUCCCCUUCUCUGCUGGCCCGAGAAACUGCAUUGGGCAGAACUUUGCCAUGAAUGAGAUGAAGGUGGUGGUGGCACAGACACUGAGGCGAUAUCAGCUGACCGAGGACCCAAUGAAGAAACCAAAAAUGAUUCCAAGACUGGUGCUCCGCUCACUCAAUGGGAUCCAUCUGAAAAUCAAACCUGUCGAUCUUGAACCAUAAGGAAUGUUAUAGUUGCAAUUUUAUUAUCAGACAUAGGCUACUGUUUACGGAUUGUUCAUAUAAAUGUGUUUUUAACAUGCUAAUACGCCAGGAAAUGGGAAAUUUACAUUUUACAUUUUAGCAGACGCUCUUAUCCAGAGCGACUUACAGUUAGUGAGUGCAUACAUUUUCAUACUGGCCCCCCGUGGGAAAUGAACCCACAACCCUGGCGUUGCAAGCGCCAUGCUCUACCAACUGAGCUACAGGGGACUAAUGUUAGAUUUAAGGAAUAUUUUUCAAAUAUUAACUUAUCUCAAAGCUGUAUUCAGAAUUUUAAUUUAAAUAUCCAUGUAAAGGGAAUUUUAUAGAAUGUCGUAUACAAAGAUGAAUUUAACACUAAUUUGUAAAAUACACUAUGUUACUAAUAUUUUGCCAGUAACUAACUUCCUAAAUGUUGUUAGUUUGUCCUUUUGACAUAUAGCCUAUGGUAAGUCAAUGUCCCUUGUCAGUGAUGUGACAUUUUGAAAAGGAAUAGACAUAGGAUUGAAUUUUUAAUGUUAUUCUCAGUAUUUCAAAUAAACGUGGCUUGCAAAUCA